UGCGGCGGACGGCGGUACGUACUCUCUGCGGCUCGCACAUCGGCCUGAAUCGGGAGUCAGAGGAUAAAGUGAAAGUUCUACUUCCAAAGAUACUCAAAAUUUUGGUUUCACCCGAACAUGAAGUGCACGUGAAAAAUAUCCCAAUCCGGAAAUGCAAUAUAUACAAAGCUUCUUUUUCCGAGGACUCUAAGUUUCGAUUUUAAAAGCUAGCUAACAAUUUCGAAAAUGCAACUUUAUUAUUACUUAUCACAAAAUCCUUGAAGUAGGGCAUCAAAAUUAAAUGUACCUCAUAUAAGCUUAUUAAAAUUUCAAAAACAAAUUUUUUGAAAUGUAUUUAAACUCUCCUAUUAAAUUCAAACGACAAAAUCUGGAAUAAUUUACAAAAUAAAAAUAACUUUAGAAGUUAAAAUUUCUAAACAUACUUUUCCUUGUGCUACAAAAAAAUAUCACAUCAAAAAAAUAUACAAGUUUUCAAAAAAAAAAUUGUUUCAAAAUGACCAAGUACAAUAGUGUCAGCAGUGAAAUGCCCGCCAAUCAGAAUAUAAAACAGGAGUACAACAACGGCUAUGGCCAGCAAAGUCAUCCCGGCUAUGGAUUCAGCAGUUAUGGCCAACAGCAUCAGCUGCCCCAUCCCAGCCAGAAUCCGCACCAGACCCUGCAGAACUUCUUCAGCCGCUUCAAUGCCGUCGGAGAUGCGAGUGCGGGGAGCAAUGGCACCGCUUCGAUCUCGGCCUCCGGAUCGGGAUCCUCCUGCAAUUACAGCCAUGGAAAUCAUCCGGCGGAGCUGGACAAGCAGCUGGGCAUGAACAUGACGCCAUCGCCCAUCUACACCACCGACUACGACGACGAGAACAGCAGUCUCAGCUCCGAGGAGCACGUCCUGGCGCCCCUCGUCUGCUCAUCCGCCCAGUCCUCGAGGCCCUGCCUCACCUGGGCCUGCAAGGCGUGCAAGAAGAAGAGCGUCACCGUGGACCGACGGAAGGCGGCCACCAUGCGGGAACGUCGGCGACUGCGGAAGGUUAACGAGGCCUUUGAGAUCCUCAAGCGACGCACAUCGUCCAAUCCCAACCAGCGGCUGCCCAAGGUCGAGAUAUUGCGCAACGCCAUCGAGUAUAUCGAGAGCCUGGAGGACCUGCUGCAGGAAUCGAAUCCAACACGCGAUGGCGACAGCCUGGCGCCCAGUCUGAGCGGCAAAAGCUGCCAGUCCGAUUAUCUGAGCUCCUAUGCCGGUGCCUAUCUAGAAGAUAAACUGAGUUUCUACAACAAGCACAUGGAGAAAUAUGGCCAGUUUACAGACUUUGAGGGCAAUGCCAAUGGCUCCAGUUUGGACUGUCUAAACCUCAUUGUCCAGAGCAUUAACAAGAGCACCACGAGUCCCAUUCAAACCAAGGCCACGCCCUCGCCCGCCGAUUCCAAGACGCCGCCCACAUCUGGAGCCAGUGCACCCACUUCUCUGCAUGCGAACUUCAAGCGGAAAUGCAGCACUUAGCCCUAGGAUUUUAGGGGACCAACUAGGAAAAGCUAUUUGUUAAGAGGAUACACGAGAUACCCAGUGACCCGCAUAGGCCUUAAAUUAUUUUUAUAGCUUUAGCACUUAAUUAAACGGUAAUUGAAAACAGCAA